AUGAAGAGAGGCGAAAGCUCUGGCGGUGGCCAGAGUUCCUUAGGCUACCUGUUUGGUUCUGAUGAUAAGAAAAAAGACAAUGCACCAUUGGCAUCACCUACUGCUUGUACACCUCCUUAUGGAAUCAAUAUCAUCGACGAAAAGCCACAAGAAAGUCCUCCUCCUAAAGAACAAAAAGGAGUCUCCAACAACUACAAAAGGGUCCAGGGUCAGAAUUCUGGAAAUUUCAUCACUGGUCGUCCAUCCACUAAAGUUAAGUCAGUACCUGGUGGAGAUUCGUCGCUCGGUUACCUGUUUGGAGACAAGUCAUGA